UAAUAAAGAAAACAGUCCCCAAAACCAAAAAAAAAAAAAAGAACUUGCAACUGAGUUAACUCAACUCUAAGCCGCAAACAAGUGACAUUCAGAAAACACCAUGAAACACAGAAUCACCAUUGCCGAUCUCCAUUUCCUCUCAUCAUCACUCCACCCCAUCAUCUUCAACCACCACCAACAAUCACGAAGCAUCACAAAAGUCCGAUUAAAAUGGGUCAAAAACCGAUCACUAGACAACAUCAUCGACAUCCACACCGAUCUCAAAGCCGCAAACAUCCUCAAAGACGCCAUAUUCCACCGCCCCACCCAAUUCCUCACUGCAAAAUCACUCUCCGACACCCAAAAACUCCUCGGAAUCACCAUCCCCACCCUCCGUUUCAUCCGCCGUUACCCCACUCUCUUCGAAGAGUUCCCACACCCCAAAUACGCCUCACUCCCCUGUUUUCGCCUCACCCAUAUCGCCCUAAAUUUGCACAAAUUAGAACAAAAGAUUUACGAAAUUGAAGAGCCCAACAUCGUUGAAAGACUCUGUAGAGUCUUGAUGAUGAGUAGAAACAAGCAAUUGCCGCUUCGAUCGCUUCAUUUGUUAAGAUGGGAUCUAGGGUUUCCGUACGACUAUGAUCAGGUUUUGGCGGGAAAGUAUGGGGAUAUGUUUGAGAUUGUGAAAAGCUCAAAUGGGUUGUCGUCAAGUUUGAAACUUGUCAAGUGGGUUGAUGAGUUUGCUGUUUCUGAGCUUCAAAAGAGUAAUGAAGUUGUAGAAAUUGGUUAUAAAAGGUUUCUAAGGGGGAAAAGUGUGUUGGAAUUUCCUUUAAGUUUUCCUAGAGGUUAUGGGGGCCAAAAGAAGGUGAAAACUUGGAUGGAUGAGUUUCAAAAGCUGCCGUACAUAUCGCCGUAUGAGGAUUCGAGUAAAAUCGAUCCGGAAAGUGACUUGAUGGAGAAGAGGAUUGUGGGUGUGUUACAUGAGUUUUUGAGUUUGACUGUUUAUAAAAAGACGAAAAGGAACUACUUGAGGAACUUGACUGAUGAGUAUAAUAUGCCGUUUAGGUUUACGCGGAUCUUUACGAGGUACCCCGGGAUUUUUUAUCUUUCGUUGAAGUGUAAGACGACGUCUGUGGCGCUUAAAGAAGGGUAUAGGAGAGGGAAGUUGGUGAAUCCGUGUCGGAUUGCCAAGUAUAGAGGGAAGUUUCAUCAUGUUAUGAGGACUGGAUUGAUUUAUAGGAAGAAAGGGUUGGAGAUGUUGCCGGAGUUGGAUAAGUUGGUUGAGGAUGAUGCGGUUGGGAUCGAUGGAGAAGAGUCUUCGGGGGAUGAAGAGGUUGAAUCUAGUGGCGAAUGGGUUGAAGAUGAUGAUGAAGAUGAAGAGUUUGAUGAUGCUUCUGAUCGGGAUUAGCUAGCGAGUCGAAUGACGUUAGAAGAAUGAGAGGUUCGUCACAACACGCAUAUCCUAGGUCGAGUCAGUGUUGGUGGUCGAUGACGGUUGUGUGACAUUAGUACUAUUUGACACCGUUUUAUGUCCUGCCGCAACGCGAGGUGUGCUUUGGGGGUUUUCAAAGAAAAAAUGGUUAUGCAUAUUGUUGUUGUAACGUUGGCUUUGGGGGUUUUCCAAAAAAAAAUGUUUUUUUUUACUUUUCACCCAAAAUAUUUCAUAAAUUACUUUUAACCCAAAACUAUUUGUUUUUUUACUUUUAACCCAAAACUUUUUAUCUUUUGCAAUCUAUCAUUAUAACUUUUUUACUUUCAACUUUGAUCAUUUAUAGUUUUCAUUUUUCGCAAAUUUUUCGCUUUAUGUUUGGUUCUAAAUUUUGUGACUUAACACAUCGCAACUGUGUCUUUGGUUUAACAUUUUUACGUUUCAUUCUAAAUUUUGCGAGUUAAUACGACGCAACGUGCGUGUGUGGGUGAACGUUUUUACAUCGUCUAUUUUUCCACGUUUGACAGGUUUAACAUAACAUGCGGGUCCUAGAUCCACUUAGUUAUAACUAAAGAAUCCCCGCCGCAUUGCGGCGGGUCGCAAUCCUAGUUGAUAUAAAAUAGAAAGAAAACCUCUCCCCCUCCCAUUCUCCUUUCUUCAUCUUCAAAUAUUAGAAGAAGCGACUACCCUUCAAAAAAAAAAAAAAAAAA